AUGACCCCCCACGAUCAAUAUUCCUCAUCCGUCGGAGUCCUGGGCUGCAAGAUCAACACCAACCGAGUUGCCUACUGGCCCGGCAUGCCUGACUGCAGUAACAUAUGCGUCAAAGUCUCCUACCAGGGCCGAAGUGUUAACCUCCUGAGAAUCGACCAAUCCGGCGGCGCUCAUGACAUCUCCUACGAUGCCUGGAACUACCUCGCCUUUGGCAAGUCAGCCAAGGAAGAGCCCCAUAUGGGCGGGGGUAUCACCAUGCAGUUCGAGGACGUCCCUGCGGCAGAGUGCAAGCACCUUUUGGACGACGGCAAGCUGCCUCUGCAGGCCGCCGGCAGCAUGCCCUUCCUUGUCAGUUGUCUCGCGCAAAAGGACAGCUGGGUCGCCAAGAAUCACCAGCUCUACAACAUUGCCACGGCGACAUGCACAUUGGGCCAUGACGAGAAGUGCUCCUUUACUGGUAACAACGGCGCCAAUCAGCCCAUGUGCCCCCACAUGUUGAACGACCCGGCAAAGCUUAACCAGGCCGUGGUCAACAUUGCCUACGGCACUGGCAAGGAAGUUGCUGCUUUGCAGUAG